GACAGCGUUUGUACACUAAGUUUCUGUAAUUUUGAAUCUCGUGAUACAUAUACUAAUUAUAGCAAACGUGAGAUUUGGAUAACUAUUAAUUUAAUAGAAAUUUUCAUUUUUUUUUUAAAUGAUUAACUAAUGAUACUACUAAUAACAAAGAAAUUAAUUAAGAAUUUUUUCGUAACGUAAUAACAGCAACGUCUUUAAACGGAACCGAUAUAAGAGUAGGGUCACAGUGAUAAUUGAGACUACUUAUACAGUUUAAUCUUAAGAGUGUACAUCAAGUUUGUCGAUCCUCCGUGCAGAAACGAUCAUAGCGAUGGCCUGGCUGAAAAUCUUAUUUUAUUACAUUUUGUGCACUGUAAUAGUUGUUACUGCACAUUUAUCAACGGACCGCUCGAAAAGUUUCAAUAAAGAAUACAACAGUAUCGGACAAGAUGAUUUUUACGUUGCAAACGAUUUCGAUGACACAGAGAAUCAAGACGGCACGUAUCCUAGUUCAAAUUACGUUUUUAGAAACAGUAUCGAUUCUUUUGAGAGGAGUCCCUUCGAUAAGCAGUUUAACUGGUACAAACUGUCUGAAAAAGUUUAUAGAUACACCAAGCACCGAAUUCCCGGAUAUGAUUACGACGAAUUUGAUUACAUGCGUUCGAGGAAGAUUCAAGAAUGCGACGACAAAUCGGUUUGGACGCAUUGUCUUUGCCAAUUCACAUGUUCGAAGCCGGAUGAAGUGGAUUGUUACACACCGUGCAGAAGUGGAUGUGAAUGCAAGGAAGAGUACGUUUUUGACGAGAAAGCACAAAGAUGCCUGUUACCCGAGGAAUGUUCGACAGAAGAUUACAAUUACAAUUAUUAAAUUAUAUAUUCUCAUUUCUUAACAUUCAUUAAAUUACUCUUAUGCUACUCAACUGUGCCGAAUAAUUUAUCAUGUCACGAAAGCAAGA